GUGAUUCCUUUCCGUUUAAAGGACCCACUUUCUCACCCGAAAUCCCAAAACCAGAGGAUUAUACUACAUACUCAUACGCCAAGGGAAAUACGGGCACCGGGCACCGUGCACGAGCACCGGGGACCGAGCGAGGACUGCCAGAGCGAGCGAGCGAGCGAACGCGCGCGCGCCGGGGAGUGGGAGAGGGACCGGAGUCGCGUGGAUGUGGAUGCGUGGAUGCGUGGCGCGCGGGGACCUCGGACAUGGAGCUGCUGCUGCUGAUCUGCGUGGCUUUCGGGAUGCUGCGGUGCGACUGCGCGCGAGCCGACUCCAUCAUUCACAUCGGCGCCAUCUUUGAGGAGAACGCCGCGCGGGAUGAUGAGAUCUUUCAGCUGGCCAUCUCGGACCUCAGCCUGAACGACGACAUCCUGCAGAGCGAGAAGAUCACUCACUCCAUCAAGUUCAUCGAACCCAACAACCCGUUCCAGGCCGUACAGGAAGCCUGUGAACUGAUGACGCAGGGGAUCCUGGCGCUGGUGACCUCCACCGGUUGCGCCUCCGCGAGCGCCCUGCAGUCCCUCACCGACGCCAUGCACAUCCCUCACCUGUACGUCCAGCGCAGCAAAGACGGCUCGCCUCGUACCGCCUGCCCGCUCAAGUCCGGCGCAGACGGAGGGCGCUACACGCUGGCCGCUCGGCCCCCGGUCCGACUCAGCGACAUCAUGAUCGCCCUGAUCGCCGAGCUCCGCUGGCGCAAGUUCCUGGUCUUCUACGACAGUGAUUACGACAUCCGUGGACUGCAGGGAUUUCUGGACCAGACCGCUCGGCAGGGUCUGGACGUGGCCCUGCAAAGAGUGGACAGGAACAUCAGCAGCAUCUUCACCAACCUCUUUAACAGCAUGAGAACCGAGGAGCUGAACCGUUACAGGGACACCCUGCGCCGCGCCAUCCUCCUGCUGAGCCCUCGCGGUGCCCAGGUCUUCAUCCAUCAGGCAGUCGAGACCAACCUGGCCUCCAAAGACAGUCACUGGGUGUUCGUGAAUGAGGAGAUCAGUGAUGCUGAGAUUGUGGAGUUAGCCCACAGUGCUUUAGGAAGGUUGACGGUGAUCAGGCAGAUUUUCCCGUUAUGGAAGGACAGCAGUGCGAGCUGUAUGAGGAACGGCCAUCGCAUCUCGUCUAUGCUCUGUGACCCCCAGGAGGGGUACCUGCAGUCCCUCGAGGUCUCCAAUCUGUACCUGUACGACAGCGUGUUGAUGCUGGCCAACGCCUUCUACAGGAAGUUAGAGGACAGGAAGUGGCACAGCAUGGCCAGUCUGAACUGUAUUCGGAAAUCAACCAAGCCUUGGAACGGAGGCUGGUCUAUGCUGGAGACCAUCCAUAAGGGUCACAUUGCUGGACUGACUGGAGUUAUGGACUUCGUGAACCAUGGAUCCAACUCGCACGUUGAGUUUGAGAUCUUGGGCACCAGUUUCAGCGAGACGUUCGGAAAGGACAUCAAACGAUUAGCAACGUGGGAUUCAGAACACGGCCUGAACGGAAGUUUGAAGGAGAGUCGGAUCGAGAACGGCAUGCAGGGGGUCACGGUAAAAGUCAUCACACUGCUGGAGGAUCCGUUUGUAAUGGUAGCUGAGAACAUACUCGGGCAGCCCAAAAGGUACAAGGGAUUCUCCAUCGACGUGCUGGACGCCCUGGCUAAAAUCCUGGGCUUCAAAUACGACAUUUAUCAGGUAGCAGACGGCAAGUAUGGAACUCAACUCCCUAACGGUUCCUGGAACGGUAUGAUCGGAGAACUCAUCAGCAAGAGAGCCGACGUGGCGGUGUCGGCCAUCACCAUCACCCCGGAGCGGGAGAACGUGGUGGACUUCAGUAAGCGCUACAUGGAUUACUCGGUGGGAAUACUGAUGCGUAAACCUGAGGAGAAGAUCAACAUCUUCUCUCUGUUCGCGCCCUUCGACCUGGCCGUGUGGGCGUGCAUCGCCGCUGCCAUACCCGUGGUCGGAGUUCUGAUCUUCCUGCUCAACCGCAUGCAGUCCCUGCGCUCCCAGAAUCCUCCUGGUGCCUCGUCCAUGUCCAACUCCUUACACAGCGCUGUGUGGAUCGUGUACGGUGCCUUCGUACAUCAGGGUGGAGAUUCAGCCGUGGGUUCGGUGGCAUUAAGGAUCGUGAUGGGAAGCUGGUGGCUCUUCACGCUGAUCGUGUGUUCAUCCUACACGGCGAACCUUGCUGCGUACCUCACCGUGUCUCGCAUGGACAACACCAUACGGACGUUUCAGGAUCUGGCCAAGCAGGUCGAUUUGGAUUACGGAACCGUGAGAGACUCGGCAGUGUACGACUACUUCAAAGCCAAGGGCAUGAACCCGCUGGAGCAGGACAGCACCUACGCUGAGCUGUGGAGGACCAUCAGCAAGAACAAUGGCCAGGACUUUUCUGUCUCCAGCCCGUCAGAGGGAAUCCGCAAGGCAAAGAAGGGUUCAUAUGCUUUCCUGUGGGACAUGGCAGUGGUGGAAUAUGCAGCGCUGACAGAUGAUGACUGCACCAUCAUGGUCUCGGGUAACAGCAUGAGCAGUAAGGGCUACGGUAUCGCCCUGCAGCACGGCAGCCCCUACAGAGACCUCUUCUCCCAAAAGAUCCUCGAGCUGCAGGAAAAGGGCGACCUCGACGUCCUAAAACAGAAGUGGUGGCCGCGUUCGGGACGCUGCGACCCAGGCAGCCAGCGUGGGGCGCCGACGGACGGACGUUCUCUCAAGCUGCACAGCUUCGCCGGGGUGUUCUGCGUCCUGGCCGCCGGGCUGGUGCUGGCCUGUCUGGUGGCCGCCCUGGAGACUUUCUGGAGCAGCAGCAGCAGCCACUGCCGCCGAGAGCAGCCCAAAGAGGACAAGGAGGUGAACCUGGAGCAGGUACAUCGGCGCAUGAACAGUCUCAUGGACGAGGACAUGGUGCACAAGCAGAUCCCCGGGCCAUCUAUCGAGAUCUCUGCCCUGGACAUCGGUGGCAUGCAGCCGGGCCAGGGAGCACGGGAAGUUGGCCGGGAUUUCGGGGGCACUCCGCUGUCCGUGAGCAGCUUCCUGCCGGAGCAGGUCCAUGGCGUGGGCAGGACACUGGUGCCCGGGCCUGGCACUGCACUCCCUCUACCCCUGGGCAGCUCCACCAUCCCCUCCUCCAUCCAGUGCAAACACAGGGCCCCCAACGGGGGGCUCUUCCGGCAGAGCCCCGGCAAGACACCCAUGCCAAUGCCCUAUCCACCGGUGCCAGGAGGACCCAUCCCCGAAGCCAUUGAGUCCACCCAUAGCACAUCCAUCUGAAGCCUCUGAGAGGUGGGCAUCUUUCUGGGCAGGACAGUGGAAAAGAACAUAGUACAAGUAAGAAGACGACAUGUAAAAAGACCAAAAAACAAACCUAAAUAAAAAGGACGGCGUGUGGAGAUUUUUAAUAUAGAUACAAAAAUAUAAAACAAAAAAACAGCUUUUCUUGUACAUAUUUGUAAAUAAGAAAAGAGCGA